AUGACCUUCAGCCCGACACACCAAGGUGAGGCCGGCACCUCAAGGGGCUUGAAAAGAGAUCGAUCCCUACAGCAGGGAGUCGACCAAACGACAUACCCACCUCGGCGCGUCAACACGAGCCGAGGUGACUCUCUCCUUUCGAGGAGACAGACCAAGGCCUACGCCUGCAAAGCCUAUUAUGUCGGGCAGAGGGUCCAACAUGCUGGCAGCAGACCGACAACCAAACUAACAACGAACAAGAUCUCCUUCACCAAUGAGGAUGCUUUCCUGUUCGACCAUCCACAUUCCGACGCCUUUGUGAUCACAACACCAAUCAUGGAGAUCAAGGGCUUCAACGGACAAACAACACUCCAUGUUGGCCAAUUCGUGUUGCCGAUCAAGUUUGGAGGAAACGGGCAGCCCACGAGGACGAUCCUCAAAACCUUCAAGAUCGUGGACUGUCCAAGUGAGUACAACGCCAUCAUAGGCAGGACGGCGCUCUACAAGUUGAAAGAUGCAGUUUCCAUUUUCCACUACUCCAUCAAAUUGCUGACCUCAGAUGGAGAAGGCACCUAUCGCGGAGACCAACGAGAAUGGAGGACAGAGGGAGAGGGGCCGGCAAAGAGCCGGUCACUAAGGAAGAUGAGCUCGACCCCCGGGACCAAUAUGAAUAAAAGAGGGGGACCAAAAGACGUCUUCGCAUGGACCUACGAGGACAUGGUCGGAAUUGACCCGCAUGUUGCCUGCCACAGGCUGUAG